AUGGAUGUCACAGUCACAAACGAUGGAGCUACGAUUUUGAGCUUACUCGAUGUCGAACACCCGGCUGGAAAGAUCUUGGUCGAUCUCGCUCAGCAGCAAGACAAGGAGGUUGGAGAUGGCACAACUUCGGUUGUGUUGAUAGCAGCGGAGCUCCUUCGACGUGGAAACGAAUUGAUGAAGAACAGGAUACAUCCCACCACCAUCAUAACCGGAUACAGGUUAGCCCUCCGCGAGGCAGUAAAGUAUAUGAACGAAAACAUCAGCAUCAAGGUUGAAAACUUGGAGAAAGAUAGCAUGCUGAACAUCGCCAAAACCUCCAUGUCCAGCAAGAUUAUCGGGUCGGACAUGGAUUUCUUUGCAAAGAUGGUUGUUGAUGCUAUGCUCUCUGUCAAGACGACAUCUCCCAAGGGUGAAGUAAAAUACCCCGUCAAGGCGGUCAAUCUGCUUAAAGCACACGGAAAGAGUGCCACGGAGUCGAUACUGGUCAACGGUUAUGCUUUGAACUGCACUAUCGCGUCUCAGGCCAUGCCCACCAGAAUAACAGAUGCAAAAAUUGCCUGUCUUGACAUGAACCUUCAGAAGGAGCGAAUGAAGCUCGGAGUUCACAUUACUGUUGAAGAUCCAACCCAGCUGGAGAAGAUCCGUGAGCGAGAGGCUGGCAUUGUCAUUGACAGAAUAGAGAUGAUCCUCAAGGCCGGUGCCAACGUCAUCUUCACCACCAAGGGAAUUGAUGACAUGUGCUUGAAGAUGUUUGUGGAAAAGGGCGCCAUGGCUGUUCGACGGUGCAAGAAGGAAGACCUGCGAAGAAUCGCUAAGGCUACCGGUGCCACUCUCCUCAGCACACUCUCCGACCUCAACGGAGAUGAGAAGUUUGAAACCUCCAGCUUGGGCUACGCAGACGAGGUUGUGCAGGAGAGAAUAUCCGAUGACGAGUGCAUUUUGGUCAAGGGAACCAAAGUCUUCAGCUCCGCGUCAAUCAUCCUCCGUGGAUCUAACGAUUUCCAACUAGACGAGAUGGAACGAUCAGUCCAUGAUUCUCUGUGUGCUGUCAAGCGAACACUUGAGAGUGGUUCCAUUGUUCCAGGAGGCGGUGCUGUAGAGACAGCUCUUCACAUCUACCUUGAGGAGUUUGCAAGCACAGUGAGCUCCCGAGAGCAACUUGCAAUCGGUGAAUUUGCCCAGUCUCUGCUCAUCAUCCCCAAGACACUGGCUGUCAAUGCUGCCAAAGACGCAUCCGAGCUUGUAGCUCAGCUACGCUCUCGCCACGCCCACGCCCUUCGUGUCCAAGAGGGCGUUGCCAAUGAAGCCGAUAAAGCUAUCGCCAAGCAAAAGAACUAUCGAAACUACGGGCUCGAGCUCCUGAAGGGCCGAGUAACUGAUUCCGUCAAGGCUGGUGUCUUGGAACCCAGCAUGAGCAAAGUGAAACAGCUUAAGAGUGCCGUCGAAGCAUGCAUUGCCAUCAUGAGAAUCGAUACCAUGAUUAAACUGGAUCCCGAGAAGCGCGAAGAUGACGGACAUGGCCAUUAG